GCUUCCGGCGGCGCGCUCAGUCACGGGGCGACUUGGCCCGACUUGUCCUUCGCACCCGCACGUGUGUGCCACCGCGUCAACGAUGCUUCCCCUGCUGCGCAGCGUCCCCCGCGCCCUGGGCCACGCCGUCGCCGGUCUUCGCGCCGCCGCGCCCGCCUCUCCGCUCCGGCAGCUGCUGCAGCCCGCGCCGCGGCCGUGCGCACGGCCCUUCGGGCUGCUCAGCGUGCGCGCCGGGUCGGAGCGGCGGCCGGGUCUCCUGCGGCCUCCCGGGCCCUGCGCCUGCGGCUGCGGCUGCGGCGCGCUGCACACCGAAGGAGACAAAGCUUUUGUUGAAUUCCUGAGUGAUGAGAUUAAGGAGGAAAAGAAAAUCCAGAAGCAUAAGUCCCUCCCCAAGAUGUCUGGAGGUUGGGAGCUGGAAGUGAAUGGGACAGAAGCUAAAUUAGUGCGGAAAGUUGCUGGGGAAAAGAUCACUGUCACUUUUAACAUUAACAACAGCAUCCCACCAACAUUUGAUGGUGAGGAGUCGUCCUCACAAGGGCAGAAGGUUGAAGAACAGGAGCCUGAGUUGACAUCAACUCCCAAUUUUGUGGUUGAAGUUAUAAAGAAGGACGGCAAGAAGGCGCUUGUGUUGGACUGUCACUAUCCAGAGGAUGAGGUUGGACAAGAGGAGGAGGCUGAGAGUGACAUUUUCUCUAUCAAGGAAGUUAGCUUUCAGUCAACCGAUGAGUCUGAAUGGAAGGACACAAAUUACACACUCAACACAGACUCCCUGGACUGGGCCUUGUAUGACCACCUAAUGGAUUUCCUUGCGGACCGAGGGGUGGACAACACGUUUGCAGAUGAGUUGGUGGAACUCAGCACAGCCCUGGAGCAUCAGGAGUACAUUACUUUUCUUGAAGACCUCAAAGGUUUUGUUAAGAGCCAAUAGAGCAGACAGUGAAAAGCCUUGAUUUUAUGGCAGGCUUUCACUAGUGAACAAAACCUGCUCUGAAGUCAGACACAUAAUGCUUUGAAAUGGUUAUCAUCCUAACAUCAUGGGAAAAAUACUAGAUUUAAAUUAUUUCUGCUGCAGUCAUUUACUGUUCAUUUGCUUUUUCUGUACAAAUCUCUUCUAGGUUUUUGUAUAAUAUAAUGAUGGACAAUAAAAUUGGUUUGUCUCCCCCAA